GUCGCGUGUCUCUCACUUUUACUCUUAAUCCUCGACUUUUUUUAAAAAACAUUUUAUCAACACGUGUUGAAAAAUAUUUUUACAAAUACUUUUACAAAUAAAUUAAAAUGGGGAAAAUUAAACAAGAAGUAGUUGAGACUGAAGAAAAUGAUGUCACUAUAAAAACUGAACCACAAUCCUACAGCGAUAAAGUUGAUCACUGUAGUGUGAUCGCAAAACCCAUGGCACCAAAAAAGCUUAGCAAAAAAAUCUAUAAACUCAUCAAGAAAUCUACUAGCCACAAAAAUUAUAUUAGAAAUGGUUUGAAAAUAGUACAAAAGCAACUGCGGCUCGGUGAGAAAGGGAUUGUAAUCUUUGCAGGUGACAUAUCACCGAUAGAGAUUAUGUGCCACCUUCCAGCAGUAUGCGAAGAGAAGGAUGUUCCAUACUGCUACACACCAAGCCGUAAAGACAUUGGUGCUGCCAUGGGCACUAUGAGAGGCUGCAUCAUGGUGCUAGUCAAGGAACACGAAGAUUAUAAAGACUUGUAUGAUGAAGUUAGAAGUGAAAUCAAAUUAUUAGGGCAUCCACUAUAAAUUAAUACAAAUGUAAGGACUAAGGACUGUGUUACUUUAAAAUGACCAUAUAGGUUAAAUAAUACAGGUGAAAUCAAUGUCAUCUUUAUUAGUAUCAUUUUAACAAUUGGACUUGAUAUGAGAGAAGUAGUGAGAGAGUGAAUAGAGGAAAAUAUGUUUUCUUUUUAUUUUAAAUCUAUUUUCUUUGGAAAAAAUUUUCAGUUUCACUAGUAUAUGGUGUACAAAGAUCUAAUAGGAUCCUUAAUGAUUUUGGUUUCAACCUGAAUACGAAUCAAUUUUACAACAUCAUCACCUGAUCAUUCUCUUUAACUCUUUGUGUUAUCAAUUUUUAAAUGUUAAAGUUUGUGAUGUGACAGAUACAUGAUAAUUUAGAUGUUAAGUAAAAGUUGAACUGUAUGCACCUAACUAAUGUAAUGUACAUUACAUUAUGCAAUAUUCCAAAGUUGCAUAUUCAAUUUAAGUAUAUACAGAAUAAAAAGAAUUAUUUUGUAAA